AUCGUUUAACUGAUGAAAGAGAUAUCGGACCAUUUUCGGCCCCUACGCACGGUAGAGCAGAUGCAAGCCUUCUUUCAGGUCGCUCCGUCGGAGCUGCUACGAAGAACAUCAUCAUUGUAGCCAUUGCAAAUAGAAUGCUUCUGCAAGAUGUGUACUUGAUCUAAAGACCAUAUGACCAUUUGCUCUGUUGAAAAGAACAAUAAAAAUCCAUUUUGCAAACGCGUCAGGCCAUGUUCUCAGAACAUCCUGCACAUCAGUCCCUGAUAACCGAGGCUGGGAGCGUCAACAUAGCCAGUUCUGUUUGCCAGAAGUUCAAGCGGGAGAUCUACGGAAAAUACGGCUUCGUGAUUUUGGCUAUAUGGACAAGGAAAACCCAUAAAUAAGCUUUAUAGGAGCUGUGAUCAUAUCAUUGCUUCUGUGCAAGUCUAAAGAAUUCAGGUGUUUCGAGCUGGCAGCUGCUCAUGCGCUAAGCUUAUUUAAGCAUUAGUGCAGGCACGUCUCCUAUGACGACGGCGAGAGGUCAACAUCGUCAUCCGCCAGAGACUCCAGCGUUCAAUGCUUCUAGGCUGGAAUGCCAUGAGAGUGUCGAUAUGUCUGACGUGUCAAAUGAUGAGUUGGAGCCCGGUGUGCUGAUAUUAGCGAAGGAUGCGCUGAUCAAGCGAUUGCAGAAACCUCUCAGUGUUGUUACCUCAAAAACCGCGCAGAAGGCAUAUCUUAGCACUAUUCUCGCGAUUUUAACUGCAUCAAUCCUUUUGUUCACGGCUGCAAUUGCCUACGUCGCCUUCUAUUUCUCCUACGUGCCAGAUCGAGGAAUAUCCAGGCCAAUAUACUUGCAAUUUGGGCCUAGUCAUCCACCUUAUGGGUACGCUUCGAUCCAAGGAGCUUUAAUUUCUCAACAACCAUACGACGUGAAGGUUAUACUGCAUAUGCCACGUACUCCAAACAACAAAGCAGCAGGAAACUUUAUGAUCGAUCUCCAGCUUAUUGCACCUGGGAGCACAUCAGACGGUGUGGUGGAUGAUAAGAAUAAAGUUUUGGCCAAGUCAAGCAGACCUGCUAUUUUGAACUACAAAUCUGCAACCAUGGAGCUUGUUCAACAAGGCUUCUCAUUGCCGUGGCAUUUGAUAGGCUGGCGCGAGGAGGCUGAAGUGCUCAAAGUACCGAUGAUUGAGAGUGUAGAGUUCCCAAAGGGGUGGAGGAACAUACCAGACCACGUGCGCCUGGAGCUGCGAAGCGAUGAGAAGCUACAAGUCUAUAGCGCAAAGAUUGAAAUCACAGCUCGUCUCCGUGGUCUCCGCUACCUCAUGUACAGCUUUCGUAUCACGUCGUUCAUCAUCCUCACGGGUAUGUUCUGGACAGUCGAACUCAUCGUCACAACUAUUGUAUGGCUGUCACUUUCCACAUACCUUACCUCAAUGUCAAGUAGAGGCGCGGAGAGCAAAAAGGAGGACACGUGGUCGACCAAACAUGAACCACAAAUCAAGGACGAACCAGAGAUUUCUGAUACUCCUCACACAUUUCCUACAUUGACUGGGCAGCCUCCUUUGCAUUAUGCGUCUCCACAAGUCAAACAAGAAAAAGAAGAAGAGGAAGAAGAGAAUUUACCAGCGGAGCAUCAGACACAUGCUGGAGAACAGGCUGAUGAUGAGGAUGACGAUGGUGGCCGCGCUCAAGAAAUCAGAGGGUACACUGAUUCUGGGAUUGGAACGAGCAUGGAGAGCACUGGACCAAAGAGCACCAUUCGAAGGAGGAGGUCACAUAUGGAUGGUGAAUGAGAUUAGUCGUAAUGAUGCUGUUGUCUCUUGACAGUUUCUACGUUGUGAUACCCCAAGAAAAUGCCAGUUAUUGCCGCUUGCAUUGCUACAAGCCUAAAUCUGGCUCUGCCUAUUGCACUCAAAGCCUAU